AUGGAUUUGAUGGAUGAUGACGCCGAGUCAGAUGAUGAGGUUACUGAUCUUAGGGACGGUUUAGCUGCGGUGAAGCUCUCCAGAGAAACGAAGCUGCGAAUUCGAAAACCGUGGUCUCAAACACUGAUUAUUAAGCUGUACGGGAAAACGGUUGGGUUUAACUUUCUCCAAAGCAAGCUUCAGUACCUUUGGAAACCAAUCGGAAGACUGGACUGUGUCGAUCUUGGGUGCGAUUUUUAUUCUGUUAGAUUCACCUUGAAAGAGGAUAUGGAUUCAGUCCUAGAGAAAGGUCCUUGGUUCAUCGGAGGGCAAUUUUUAUCGAUCAGACCUUGGGAGCCUUUCUUCAAACCAGAAGCAGCCAAUGUCUCUUCGAUAGCGGUGUGGGUUUGGUUACAUGCGCUGCCAUUGGAACUAUACGAAACGGAGGUGCUUAAACAUAUUGGAGAAGCUAUUGGCAAAGUUUUACGGAUUGAUGCUCAAACCGCCAUGGAAGUGAGAGGAAAAUACGCGAGAUUAUGCAUUCAAGUGGAUAUGAACAAACCACUUAUUAAUACAGUGCUUAUAGGCAGAUUCGAGCAGCCGGUGGUCUAUGAGGGAAUCCAGAAGUUGUGUUUUGCUUGUGGUAGGGUAGGUCACAAGAAAGAGGUCUGUCCACACAUCAUUCGGUCUUCUUCAUCGCCGGUGAGAGGAGGCAACGAUGAGCAUGGUGAUUCUGUUGGGUCACGUAUGGUGCAUGACACGGAUAGUACAGUCAUUGGGGGUGGCAUGUCAGAGGGUAGUGGAGCGACAAAGGCUAACGACUCGUACGGGCCUUGGAUGUUAGUGACACGCAGGAAAAAUGGACAGCGUGGCGUUAGGAAUGCUGCUGGUUUGGACGGACUCUCAGGUUCGGGGAGAGCAGAGGAGCGUCAGGCUAGUGGGCAAGGAACUGCAACGAAGCCCAUUUCGAUGGGCUGGGCCAAGGAGACAAACCCGUAG